AUGGCCGCCGCCCGCCAUCCCACCUGGACUCAGUCCUACAUCGAGCGCGCUCUGCUCCCCGAAACCUCGCCCCUAACGGCCUACCUGCUGCGCCUGAUCGCCAUCAAGAAGACCAACCUGUGCCUGUCGGCCGACGUCAGCACCACGGCCCAGCUGUUGGCCGUGGCCGAGGAGGUGGGCGACUCGAUAUGCCUGCUCAAGACGCACGCCGACACCAUCUCCGACUUCUCGGACCGCACCGUCAAGGGCCUGCGCGACAUUGCCAAGCGCAAGAAGUUCCUCGUCUUUGAGGACCGCAAGUUUGCCGACAUUGGAGAGACCGUGCAGAAGCAGUACACCGGCGGCCCGCUCGUCAUCGCGCGCUGGGCCGAGAUCACCAAUGCGCACAUCCUGCCGGGCCCGGCGAUCGUAUCGUCGCUAAAGGAGGCGGCCGCCAGCGCCAUCGCCACGUACAACCAGUCGGUCUCGACCGAGAUCAGCGCGUCGCCGCCGACGUCGGCCGAGUCGUCCAUCGACGCGUCGCCCGCGGGCGCGCCGACGGCCGAGCUGGACCGCCUGGACGUCGACGAGUCGUCGAACCAGGCCAACUGCGACCGCAAGCAGAGCAUCGUGUCGAUCAGCACGACCAUCUCGCAGAGCAUCAGCCCGCAGCCGACGCCCAUCAUCGACGAGGAGGGCGAGGGCUCGGCCGACGCGCACGAGGUGCUCGAGCGCCUGGGGAGCACGCCGUUCCUGCGCGCGCUGCUGCUGCUGGCCGAGAUGAGCAGCGCGGGCAACCUGCUGACGGGCGCCUACACGCAGCAGUGCGUCGAGAUUGCGCGCCAGCAAAAGGACUUCGUCAUGGGCUUCAUUGCGCAGCGCUCGCUCAACGAGCUGCCCGGCGACAACUUCCUCACCAUGACGCCCGGCGUCAAGCUGCCGCCCGCCGGCCAGCCCGUCCCCGACGGCCCCAUGGGCGACGGCAAGGGCCAGCAGUACUCGAGCCCGCGCCAGGUCGUUCUCGAGCAGGGCGUCGACGUCAUCAUUGUCGGUCGCGGCAUCGUCGCUGCCGAGAACCGCUCUGCCGAGGCCGAGCGCUACCGCCAGGAGGCGUGGGCCGCGUACGAGGAGCGCAUUGCCCGGAAAUAA